UAAGAUUCGUCCAAGUGUCAAAAACCGUCAAAACAAUCAACACUGCCCGUUAGAAGGCGAUUUAUUUUGACAUUUAGUUUAUUUCAUUUUAAAUUAACAAUUCUUGUCACUGUUCAAAAUAAAGCACUUUAUUUACAAUAAUUUUUUUUUUUAUUGUUCAAUUAAGACUGAAAUAUCCCUAUAGUUACAAUCGAAAAAUAAUUAACAUUAAGAGCAACUUUAAAAAAACGCAUAAUUUGUAUAUAGUAUAGACAAUAAACAAUUAACAUUUUAUAGUAAAAUAAUUUUUAAUAUAUUAACCCGUUAAGAUUUCUUAAUAAAUAAAUAUUUUAUUUCUCCGUUAUUUAAUUAUAUUUUUAUAACCAAAAAAAAAAUAUUGAAAUUUUAUAAAGUACAUUGCUCCCCCAGACGAAAAGUGAUUAAUAUCAAUUACAAGCAAUUGCUCAAUGUGUAGUUAUAUUUUCAAUUGAAAUUAAAGUACAUAUAAUCUACAAGUCAAUAGAGAUAAUUUGUGAUAAUGUCAACAUUCCCUUUAUGUUGAUAGUGCAAGUGGCAUUUAUUAGUAAACUUUCAAAGAAUUAGAAACGACUAUAAAAUUAAAAUUUUUUAAAAAUUUUCCAAACUAAACGAAAGAAAUUAAUUUUCAAUUAAAUAAAUUUCUAAAAAAAAAAUCAUGUUUAAUCAAGAAUUGCCGGAUUUUUUACAAAAUCAAGUGGAAUUUUUUCUAAAAGAUAAAAAUCUUUCUAAUUUAAAAUUUCAUUUUUCAAAUGCAUGUAAUAAUGGUGAAAAUUAUUUGGGAUCAUUGUAUCGUGUUAAAAUUAAUGGUGAAAAAAAUGGUGAAAAUAAAGAAUUACAUUUAAUUAUAAAAUGUGUUCCAACUGAUGAAAAAUUGAGAACUCUUUUAAGAGCUCCCGAAAUGUUUCACAAUGAAAUUGCAUUCUAUGAAGAAAGAUUGCCAAUUAUUAAUAAUUUAAUGAAAGAAUUUAAUUUAGAAUACAACGAUUUUCCUGCUUACUAUGGAGGUUGUAAAACACCAAAACAAGAGAUUCUUAUUUUGGAAGAUUUAAAAACUCAAGGAUUUGUAUUGAAAAAAACAAAAGUAUUAGAUUAUCCCCAUGCAGUACUUGCAAUGCGUCAUCUUGGCAGAUUUCAUGGUUAUAGUUUUGCAAUUCGUGACAAAAAGCCAGCAGCAUUGGAGACUUUUCAAAAAAUGAAAGAAGCCUUUUUCCACAAAUCAGGCUGCUUUACUGAAAAUAUUAAUUUAAUUCUGGACGCUGCAAUAGUGGCUGUAGAAAACGAAGGAAAACAUUAUGUGGAUAGAGUUAAGCAACUAAAAGAAAAUUCAAAAGAAAUUCUUGAUUAUGCAUGUGAUAGUAAAAAUUCAGAACCGCAUGCGGCUCUCAGUCACGGUGAUUUAUGGACCUACAACAUGUUAUUUAAAUACAAUGAAAAUUCAGAACCGAAAGAUAUUCGUUUUUUGGAUUUUCAAUUAAACAGAUAUGCUUCACCUGUAAUGGACAUUCUUUAUACAUUCUACACUUGUCUCACACAAGAAAUGAGAGACAAAUAUUUUGACAAAUUAUUACAUCAUUAUCAUGAUUCAUUAGGUGAAUUAUUGAAAAAAUUUAAUUCUGAUGUUGAAAAAUUAUUUCCAUUCAAUGUUCUUUUGGAACAUCUUCAACGUUUUGGACGUUAUGGAGCUUGUAUGUCUAUUAUUGAUAUACAUGUUUUUACUAUUCGCGAUGAAGAUAAUGCGGAACCACUUUUUUAUCUUGAUUAUCUUAAAAAAUUGCCUGCACUUUUAAAAACUAAUAAAUUUUAUCAUCAAAUGUUGAAAGAUUCAAUAAAAGACAUGGUAGAUAGGAAUUAUCUAUAAAAAUCCAUUUUUUAAAAAAAUAAUAAAAUAUAUAUAUUGGGAAAUUUUUAUCUAGAUAGUCAAUUUUAUAUUUUAAUGAUGUAAUUUUAGUAAAUUUUUCACUAAUAUUGAAAAAUUGUAGAAUUUAAAUAUAAAUUGAGGAGAAAAUAUUUUUAUUAGCCGUAUUUUUUAAUUUGUUAAUCGUACAAAAUGUUGAUCCAAUUUAAUAAAUAAAAAAUGAUAAUAAAAAAAAAAAAAUACUUAUCAAAUA